GUCUAUUCAUCGUGUCCCCUGCACUAUUUCUUUUUAUCUGUGCUUUCUCUGUAAUUGUUACGCUAAACAAUAUAACAUAUAUAGUUUUAUAUUCUGCUCCCUGGUAUAUUUCACUUUGCACUACUAUUGUACGUGUGCAUGGUUUGAUUGUACUCGUGCAUUGUAUGAGUUGGCAGGAUAGCAAGCAACGUUUAUCACAUGUGACAGCUAUGAACCAGUACUAAUAAUAGAUUCAAAAGGUUGAUGUCUAUUAACAUUCAUUAACACAUUUUACUGCUCAUUGAUCGGUGCUGUGUAACUAAAAGUUUAAUUUAUCAAAGUGUAAUAACUCGCAGGCAUGAGCUUAUUUUUUAAAAAGUACAAUUUAUUAAAUGAAAAAUAUGUUCAUCAGUGAAUGUUGCCUUGAAUGGCCUAAUUGUACAUAUCACAGUCGUCAUGUGUUAGGUAACCUUCAGUGUGUUUCUUCAUAUUGCUGCAAAUUUAGGAUCAGACAAUACAAUUCUUGGAACAGACUUGUUGAGUUACCUCAUUAUCAUUGCCUGGAGUUGUGUAUAAAAGAGCAGACAAGUCUUCCACGUCUCACAGUCAGCUUCAAAUAAAAAAGAACCAGCAGAGCAGAUUAAUACAAACUUGUGUCUAGUGGCCCUUUGUACAAAGACUGGCUUUAAUGAGAACAUAGUGUUGUUUAAUGAGCUGUAAGAUGAGGCCCUAGGCCCAUGAGACUCUUCCUCUCUCCAGUCUGCUUGAUGUGCACAAUUCAAUACAGCGCAUUUGGAGUUGCUGAAUUCAGAUUCCAAGACGGCUACUGGAGAAAGGCCAUCGAACAUGCCUACAGAAAUGCUACAAGCAGAUAGCAUGGUCAAACCAGUUGGUUCGACCACCACUUUCACUUCAGCCGUUCCCCUCCGUAUACUAAAUAAAGGGCCAGACUAUUUUCGAAGGCAGGCGGAGCCCAACCCCAAAAGACUCAGUGCGGUUGAACGGCUGGAAGCUGAUAAAGCAAAAUACGUUAAGAGCCAAGAGGUCAUCAAUGCCAAGCAGGAGCCGGUGAAGCCGGCUGUGCUGGCAAAGCCACCAGUCUGCCCAGCUGUCCGGCGGGCAACCGGGACCCCUCUGCAGAAGCUGACCAACAAUCACAAGGCAGACAGCACUGCUAAAAGAGAGAAUAUAAAUUUGGAAAUACUGAAAAACAUAAUCAACAGUCCAGAGAGUUCUACCUCGGGCUCAGUACAUAAGCACACCACACGGAACUGGCCCCAGCACAGACCGGCCUCCACAGAAAUUAGUCGGCGUACGUUUGCGGAAACUAUUCGGGUGUACAGUAACCAAGGCAGUCCGCAGGGAGGCAAUCUGAACAUAACCAAAAGAUUGUUUGAAGACCAAGUCAGUGAUUCAGCCCUGCAUAUUUCUCGCAGUUCGGCCGAUGUGAGAAGAGUGGUGGAAGGGAGGCCUCUGAAACCAAUACCCAGCAGCAGCUCUGCCCCUCCCGUUCUACCCAAGCCGAAUAUUCCAACCUGUAAUAUACCCAAGUCACCGCCACAAACCACCCCGGACUUGACAGUCAAUCCAAGCAGGCGGCCAUCACUCCACCGCUCCAAGUCUGACCUUAGUGAUCGAUAUGCCCGUGCUAAUGCUGAUGUAGAGAGGUUCUUUAACUACUGUGGGCUGGAUCCUGAAGAACUUGAAAACAUUGGCAUGGAGAACUUCACACGGGCAAACUCGGACAUAAUCUCCCUGAACUUUCGUAGUGCAAGCAUGAUCAGUUCGGAUUGUGAGCAGUCACGAAGGAGCAAUGAUGAUCUGACAGAUGAUGAAGAAACAAAUGAUCGAGUCCCUUAUGGUAUUUCGGCCGUAGAAAGGAAUGCUAGAGUGAUUAAAUGGUUAUAUAGUUGCAAACAAGCUAAGGAAUCCCAGAAAAUAUCUCAUGUUUAAGCAAAAGACACAAACUAUGAGUGACUCAUUUUUUUGUAUUUUUAUUUUGACUGUGAACCUUUUGUUGUGAAGUCUACUGGAACAUUUCUUGCAGAUCCUGAGUUCCACUGUGAUGCUAGUUUGUGUAUGUUCCCAUUGCAUGCUUAUCGAUUUAAGAUCAGAAGUGGCCUCUAUCUCAAAACAUAUGAAGACACGGACAUGGGUGUUUCCACUGUAUUAGAAAUGUAACUGCGUUUGUACCAGCUAGCAAGAGCACGAGGUACUAUGUACACAUUUUAUCGCACAUUUCAACCGAUUAUAUACGAGGACAAAUGGCCUUGUUGCAGGUUUUCUAUACAUAAAUAAAUGUAAUCGGGACAGAAAAGAUAAAUUAUCUGUCUGAAACAUUGCAAGGGUAGUCACAUUAACUCUUCUCAAUCUGGAAGCGCAUGUUACAGCCCAUAUAACCUCUAAUGCUGGCGACUUGGCUAUAAAGCUGUCCAGUUUAAUGCAACAGCAUGGUACAGCUCUAACAAUCCAUGUCUUCCAAAGCUGCUUCAACUGCCCUUCUAAUUGUCUGCUGUAAUGUGCUGAGAAGUGAAAAGUACAGCAGGUGACCUCAUUAAAUAGUUCAUUGUUGCUUUUCAAUAUACUGCAGUGCUGCACUUCAUUUCAUAAAGAGACUGGUAUCUCGGCUGUUGGGAAACCAGAUUUUUUUUUGUAUUAAAAAUGCUGUAAAGGUUUGUAUAUACUUCAAAGCUGUUAUCAGAUCUGUAAAGAAGAGUCUGCUAUAAUAAUAAUAAACAGUUUCCAGUUCAUUCAUCAUCA